AUGAUGCUGCUAUUCCUAGAGAACUGCAAUCGUUCCCUGGUUCGAGGCAGAAAACGAAACGAGCAAGACUGGACCAGCGUGGAACGAAACACAACCAUCCGUGUAUCCCGGGCACCGUCUGGCGGCAAUGGAGUGUCCGCCUCCGGCCAGCACGAUGCUCGAUACCGCCUUUAUGCCAACAUUAGACUGGCAAAGCAGGAUCCUAAGGAGGAUCGAAUUUGGGUGAAGCGGUAUCUUAUCCAGGCCCAGCAGAGCCCACCUAUGCUGAAAGAGCAGCGGGCGUACGAUCUUCUUCUCGAGUAUAUUGGACGACAAAUGAAUUUCAAUGUCAGAAACCAAGCCGAGAGGGCUCAGAUUGCCAGAAUUUCUAUUGACUCAAUUGUCCUGAUCGAGACCGCAGGUCACUUCCGGCGCGCCUUAGGGAUCGAAAUAAGCAUGACCAGUCUCUCCUACGCGACCACUAUCGGAGAGCUCAGUCGAGUGAUCCUAGUGCAAAUCUAUCAGAGAACGAUUAGCCCUGACGAAAAUGGAUCUGUAUGA